AUGGGCAAGAAAAGGGCAGCGAAGGGCUCACAGAGGAACCUGGAAGCCUCUUUCUUCUCUCACAUUCCCUGGAAGUACUUCCUCAGUGCCACAGCAAGAGGAAUGAAGCCCUGGUCCUGCUCCCCUUACCCCAUCUGCCCUGCCUGUGUCCUAGCACUUCUGCCCGCUGUGCGGAUCACUGGGGAUAACCAGGAAACCCUGAACGUGGCGGAAGGUGACAGUAUCAAACUGGGCUGCCCCUACAUCCUGGACCCUGAGGACUAUGGUCCUAACGGGCUGGGCAUCGAGUGGAUGCAGGUCAACCCAGAACCCUCACGUCAGGAGAAUGUGUUCCUUAGUUACCAGAACAAGAGGGUCAACCAUGGCGGCCUCCCCAGUCUGCAGCAGAGGGUCCGCUUUGCAGCCCCAGAUCCCAGCCAGUACGAUGCCUCCAUCAACCUCUUGAACCUGCAGCUAUCUGACACAGCUACCUAUGAGUGCCGGGUGAAGAAGACCACCGUGGCCACCCGGACGGUCAUCAUCACUGUCCAAGCACGGCCUGCGAUGCCCAGGUGCUGGUAUGAGGGCCACAUGUCAUACGGCAACAAUGUGGUACUGAAGUGCUCUGUCAUUGGGGGCAGCCUGCCUCUCACCUACAAGUGGGACAAGAUCAGUGGGUACACCCGCCCUUACCGUGCCAGCUCCUAUCAGUCCCAGGGCAGCUUCCAUUCUGAGGCCUCCUACGACGAGUCCUUCUACAUCUCCAUGAGUCAAGGCCUGAACCAUGGUGAGCUGCUGUUGAUAGACAUCUCCGCCAAGGAUGAUGGGCUGUAUCAGUGCACAGUGGCCAACAAUGUAGGCUACAGCGUAUGUGUGGUGGAGGUACAGGUCUCAGCACCCUGGCACAUAGGAAUAAUCAUUGGCGCAGUGCUGGGCUCUUUACUCAUGCUGGGCUGUCUGACGUUCGGCAUCUGGGGGCUCGUCCGGGGCUGCCGCAGGGGGCCCCGCGGUGCCUUCUGCUACAGUGGCAAGGUCCGCAGAAAGGCCUGCUGUGACUUGCCUAAUGAUAUCAGAGAGGACGACGUGGCGCCCGGGUGCAAGGCCAUGAGGCGCGGCAGCAGCGUUACCCAGAUCCUGGGGUACCCGAUGCAGAAGGUCAGGCGCUCCCUGCGCCUCAAGUACGCUCCUCCUCACUGCGAAGGCCCCGAGGACUCGGCCCUGGCGUCCAGCGCCGCCGCCGCCGCUCUGGACUGCGAAGCGGACCGGUCCCUGGUCUACGUCAAGGUCAAGAGUGCAGAGCCAGCCGACUGCGCCGCCGAGGGGCCGCUGCCGUGCAAGGACAGCCUCCUGGUGUGAGCGCGCGGCACUGGGCUCCUGCCCGGCCAGGAGGAGGGUGCGGGCUCUCUGCCUGCAGCUGGGGACGCGCUCGGGCCGGCGCCGACCUCGCCUGCCCGGGGCCGCCCGGCGGCAGGGGGC